AUGAAAGUUAUGUGCUUCUUCCACCCUUCUGUUUUCAUGAAGGGAAAGAUUGAGGCUAAGCCUAAAGGCCUCGCCCAUGGAUUUUUUCUGCUGGGAAUGUUGACAACAAAGGAGUGCAAUGGGGAUGCUGGCUCCUCUUCUGACCCCAGGAGACAACAGUGUUUUGGAGGAAAAGUUGGGUCCCUAGAGGUACCACCUGAAUUCAUAUAUCUUCUGGAUUCUUCGGCAAAAUAG